AUGAAUUUGUUAGAUGAACUUUUACAAGAAAACUCUAUAAGAAAAUAUCUCACUCUCUCCACCUUAAAUUGAAAUAAAAACAUAGCCCUCCUUUAAAUUGGAACAAAUUUUUAGAAAAAUUUUAACAAAAAUUCAUAUAUUGUGAUCAAUUUAUAUUUUUUUAAAGAAAAAAAAUUAAAAGAUGAUAAUUCUAAUUUUUAUAAAUUAACUUUGACCUAAUUUAAUGCAGUGAGUUAUAAAAACAAAUCAUUAUAUUUAAAAUUUUUAUAAACAUAAAUUUUUUAAACUCCCUUAAAAUUAGAGGAUUUUUGUUCCAAUUUAAAAUAUAGAAAUUGCCCCACACGGGAAUUGAACCCACAUGUGGAGCCAUUUUUGGUAUGUGGAGAAUCUUGACUUCCACGUACCAAAAAUGGCUCCACACGUGGGUUCAAUUCCCGUGUGGGGCAAUUUCUAUAGGGCGAGUCAGAGAUUUCCCAAAAACAGACUGGCCAGAAGUCAUUAAAAAGACUUUGCUAUAUGGGAUACACUCACUAACAGCACUUCAGUCUGUAGGCUUGACAUCUCCUAGAAUGGGGAAUUUAACAGGAUUGAAAAUUCAGUUAGGUAACAUUUCGUCAUCGAACCACUGCGAAAGCACCACUCAUACUUCUAAUUCAAAUCAAAAUCGCUCGAAUUCUCAGCCGAGCACUAAGAAAUUUUCUAACCUCAAAUUGGACCAUUCCCCUGAAGAUUUAGGUCCUCGAGAUCAUCACCACAGAUGCCGCAAAUCAAGUCGGCAUAAGCCAAAAAGCCAAAAACCUGCAGAAAAAUCCACAACAAAAGAAAGAAAAGAACUAAUCCAGCCACCAUUUAAAUUAACAGGUAGAGAUAAAACAGAAACUAAACGAACAAUCCCCAAGCAUUUGCAAAACGUCGACUCCAAAAUCAAAGAUGAUAUCCAAAAAUAUAAACAAGUCGCAAAAUAUACAGAAAGAUAUCUAGUUGAGGAACCAGAUUUAAAAGAAAAUUCGAAUAAAUACAAAUGUUGAAGCUAUCUCAAAGACUUAGAAAAACAAACAGAAAACAUUGAGCGAAGACAUGCAGAAAAACCAUCAACUGAUAGAUCUUUUAUAAAAGAUGAGGAGGAUUAUGAGAAAAAUAGACAUAAAAGGGAGAAUGAAAGAGGAAAAGAGCUGCUAAUAAAAACCCAUGAAAUUGAAAAUGAUUUUGAAAAAGUUAUUCCACAUACAGUGAAAAAUAGAAAAUUGUCAGAUGAUAAGCUGCAGUGGGAGGAUUGGGGAUCACAAUAUCAGACAGCUGAUUUUUCGAGAGAUAUAGGAACUUAUGGUACAAGUAAUGAAGUCCAAAAUCCUGCCCCUCUGAAGCCUGAAGUUCAGCCUAAAUCUCCAGCUUCCUCAACAAGUUCGUUCUCCACUUAUCAAGCACCUGAAGAAAUCAAACAAUUUUAUCAGAAGGAAUUCAAAAAUCUCAUGCCUGAAGAAGUUCCAAAGAGAUUAAAACCAGUUGAAUUGCCGCUAAAGCAAGAUGUUUUUAGGAUUUCGAGCUAUUCAGUUCAACCUAUUUACUGCUCAUCAGAAGAUGAUGAUAAAAGUAUAAGAUAA